AUGGCGAUGAGAACGCUGCGAUGGAUGGUGCUGGGUGGCCUUAGCACAGUCUGGGCGCUACAGCCCAAGGAGUUGGAGGAAUGGUUCGCAUCCUCCUCGGGCCUCGCCAUGUCUCCCAGUGACGCACAGCAGGAAGCCACGCGCAGCUGGAACCCCCUGGCGAAAUGUGGCGUGGAGAUCAGCACCUUACAGGCCUUGAGGGAUGCCCUGCAUGACUCAAGCAGCCUGGAUUUGUCCUUGGAGGUGAUUCGGAAGCAGAUCAUUGAGCUGGCAGAACAGCACAUCAAAGCGGACAAGCUGAAACAGCUCUAUGGGGCCCUGUCGGGUGUCUACACCCUGAGCGGCGGCUUGCAGCUGCCGAAGGCCGAGGCCCAGGCCAUGACGCACCUCUUGGCGCUGAAACGUGCGGAACCCGAUGACCUCAAAGAACUCUACAAGGUGAUGUACGGCUACUACGGUUUGGGCUUCGAUCGCGCGUUGGCGCAGGCACAGUCCAUCCAGCUGGCGGAGGCUGGGGCUGAUGCAGCCAGUUAUAAGGAGACAUUCUCGGCCACGGUGCAGAAGGGUCAGCAGGCAGCUUUGAUCGAGGCCAGCAAAGUGUCUGUUGCCAAGAACUUAAACGGCUUGGUGCGAAGGUAUGCCCUUGAUGGAAAAGCCUACACUGCUUCCGAGUUUCAGCAGUACUACGGUGAAGGUUGGCUCAGUGCUUGGAUCGAGUCCCCAAUGGAGAAGCGUCUGUCCACGGAUCGCCGCGCCUACACCGCGGACCAGUUCUCCCGGCACUUCGGCCGCUCCUGGGCCUCACUGUACCAAAGUCGACCCGAAGCCACCCAGCUGCGGCUCGCGGAAGAUGACCAGGUCUACAAGAUGGCGGAGUACCAGAAGUACUAUGGGGAUCAAUGGCAUGAGAAGUGGAGUGCCUCACCCGAACUUGCGUGCCAAGAGUGCUCCCCAUACACGACGAGAGUCUCGACGUCAGUCGUGGCCGUUUGA